AGACCAUUCAUCAUGACCUUUGUUUCGGCAGACCGCUUGCCGCGCCCCUUUCCCGCCCAGCAAGUUUGAUCUCUCUCUCUCUCUCUCCACUUAACGGAGAAAGAAAGAGCCAGUGAAAAAAUGGAGUUCAGUCUUAGUGGCAACGCGCUCAAGACCUUCGCUCGAUCCAUAACGUGUCUCGCUCGUGUCGGCAACGAGCUCGUCAUUCAAGCUUCUCCUUCUCAGCUUACUUUUCACACACUGAAUUCAUCGCGGUCUGCCUAUCAGUCCAUUACAUUUAAGCCCGGUCUCUUUGACAUCUAUACAGUUUCUGGUAACCAAGUUAAAUGCAGUGUGCUUUUGAAGGCUAUUUGCUCUGUUCUUAGGACACCCAUUGCAAGUAUUGAUAGUUUGAGCAUAAAGUUGCCCGAUCCCGAUGCAUCAAAAGUGCAAUGGAUGUUGGAAUGCUAUAGCGGCAUGAGGAAAAGCUAUUGGAUUACCUGCAAUAUGGAACCUGACAUACAACAUUUAGCCCUUGAUAGGACAAAAUUCCCAAGCAGCUUUGUAGUGAGGCCUCGUGAUUUCAACAGAUUGCUUGCUAAUUUUCAGUCAUCCCUUCAGGAGAUUACUAUCAUUGCAACAGAUCGAGCCUCCUUGCCUUCUGACACCGCAAGUGAUAUUGAAGGAAAAGCAGUUGAACUCAGAAGUUAUAUAGAUCCAACCAAAGAGAAUGAUUCAUCACUGCACACUCAACUUUGGAUAGAUCCUACGGAAGAGUUUGUGCAGUAUACUCACACUGGAGAUCCCAUAGAUGUGACAUUUGCUGUAAAAGAAUUGAAGGCAUUCCUUUCUUUCUGCGAAGGCUGUGAAGUUGACAUUCAUUUGUAUUUUGAAAAAGCUGGCGAGCCUAUUCUCAUGGCACCAAAGUUUGGUUUAGAUGAUGGGUCUAGCUCAAACUUUGAUGCUGCACUUGUGCUUGCAACAAUGCUUACAUCACAGCUCCAUGAAAUGAAUCCCUUGGAACCUCCACAAGCGGCUGCCACAGUACAUGGCCAGAAUGAGCAUGAGACAAGGUCUCAAGCUCGGUCCCAAAGGGGUAGACCAAAUGUCUCUGAGCAUCCAUCUGAUCAUACCAGAAUUUGGUCUGAACUUUCAGGAAGUGCCGCAAGAAGUGGUAGUGGUAGUGAAGAAAGGCAGUUUCAAGGUGAAAGAAAUUUGAAUGCCAGCGAACAGAGGGAAAUUCAACGGAUUAGCACAAUGCAAAUUUCAAAACCUGCAUCUGGUAGAGGAAAUGAGCCUGCCGAUCCUAAUACCUGCCAUCCUACAGAAAAGGAUCAUAUGGAAGAACCCCAAGAUAGGCCGGAUACUCAAGGUCAAGGUUUUUCACAGCGUCAUCCUAGUAACUGGGUCGAUGCAGAUGAGGACGAUGACAACGAUGAUGGGGAUGAUCAUGAACUAUGUGUCCGGUCAACACCACCAUACUAUGAGGAACUGUAGGCACGUUGGAUUUCAAUGUUAAAGAUGGCUGGAUGUUUGAAAAGGACUGGAACAAAGCUUUUGUGAACUCAGGACCAUGUUGUAAGGGGACCCCUUAAAGGAGGUGUAUCAUAAAAUUUUAUUGAUUCU